GCCACCACUAAAUGCACAAAUAUCAAAAAAAUUCUUCGUAACUGUCAUCCUACAGGCCAUUUCUACUUCAAAGACCAAAAUUAUGACUGUCAACCAACAGGCCAUAAUUCAUCUAAAAACAAUCAAGCAAUGACUAUACCAGAUGAUCCUCUAAAUGCUACUGUCUAUCAUACAGAUGGGAUGAAAAACUAG